GACACUGGAUGUCCACUGUAUCCGUGGAUACGAGGAGUGAGCAGGUCAAUGCCCGACCCUUCCAAGAGAUUCCCGGCCCACGAGGCAUUUACUUGUGGCCGUAUAUUGGUAUCAUGCUGCAUUAUAAACCAUUCUCUCCUUACACUGCUGAAACAACUCACAUGCUACACCGAUAGAUGCACAGAAAAUACGGCCCUAUAUUCAAAUAUCGGUUGGAUAAGAUCUCCGUCCAGACGAGCAACCCAGAAGACAUGGAGACUAUAUUUAGAAACGAAGGCAAAUUUCCCUACCGUCCAGCGCCAGACCUCGACGUUGUCUACGCAGAGAGAAACGGACAUAAGAAGACCCUAGGAUCCUUGAACGGAGAAGAGUGGUACAAAGUGCGGACACCGGCCAACAAACGUCUGAUGAAAGCCGACUCAGCACACCACUACCUCGCCCCACAGAACCAAGUCGCGGAUGAAUUUGUUCACAUCCUGUCCACUCAAGAGAUGGACGGUGAAGAGAUGCAGGACUACUUUUUCCGGUUCGCUGCAGAAAGUAUUGGAGUCGUAUGCUUCAAUGCGAGACUUGGUUUCCUUAACAAAUCUGGAUCGGACGACGCAAAAGCCGUUGAAUUUCUUCAAGCCACAAAAGAUAUCUUGGUGCUCUUGCUUCAUUCAUUUAAUGGCACUUCCGUUCUACACAAAUGGUUUCGGAACAAAACAUAUAGAGACUAUGAGAGAGCCUACAACAUUCUCAAAAAAAACUCAGCUCAACACAUCCUUAGGGCUAAGAAAGCUGUAGAAGACAAGCAAAGGGCCGGUACUCUAGACCCAGAAGAGCCAAACUUUCUUCUCUCUCUGACCUCAGAAAACAUCAUGGAUGAGAGAGAUAUCUGCAACAUAACAGAAGGUCUUUAUAUGGCAGGAACUGAUUCGACAGCGAGGAACCUAUAAGUUCUCUUCUACAACUUGGCCAAGAAUCCAGACAAACAGGAAACUCUAAGACGAGAGGUUCUGAGUGUCGUGGGCACAGACAAACCGGUGGAUGCUCAAGCCUUGUCUAAGAUGCCAUAUCUUAAAGCCUGUUUAAACGAAUCGUUCAGGCUGUACUACCCAACACCAGGCGGCACUAUGCGCAUUUUGCCAACUGAUGUUGUCCUUAGUGGCUACAAGGUUCCUGCUGGGACUCCUCUGUUACUGAGUAACCUUGAAGCCUGCAGACAUGCGGGUGAAAAUCCAGACAAGUUUAUUCCAGAGAGAUGGAUGAGGACGGAAUCAGGCAAGAGACAUGACGACAUACACAGUAUGGUCGUAUUGCCCUUUGGAUUCGGACCCCGAAAUUGUAUUGGGAGACGUUUCGCUGUGCAGGAAAUUUAUCUGGCCACUUCUAAGGUUCUACAGAAACUGAAGAUCGAUGUCGACGAUUCGUCACGUGACACGGAGUUUGUGUACAAACUUUUCGUACACCCAACGACCCCAAUCAAGUUUAAAUUUUCGAAGAUCAGCACUUUCAACUAGAAACUGACUAAACUAUUUUGGCUCAACAACUAGACUGCGACUAAGCCAUUUUGGUUCAACAAUUGUAUACUGCAUAAUUCAAUUGUUUUACAGUACUAUGCACUGAUUUCAAAACCUUUGAUCAAUCUUUCUAUCAACUGACUACUAUACUUUACUUAACUACACAAUGUCUACAAAUUGUUGAUUUACUUAACUAGACAAUGACUACAAAUUGUUGAUUUACUUAACUACACAAUGUCUACAAAUUGUUGAUUUACUUAACUACACAAUGACUACAAAUUGUUGAUUUACUUAACUACACAAUGACUACAAAUUGUUGAUUUACUUAACUAGUCAAUGACUACAAGUUGUUGAUUUACUCAACUAGACAUUGACUGAAAAAUGUUGAUUCACUCAACUAGACAUUGACUACAAAAUGUUGAUUUACUCAACUAGACAAUGAUUACAAAAUGUUGAUUUACUCAACUAGACAUUGACUACAAAAUGUUGAUCCACUAAAUUGAUUGUAUACUAACAUCUUCGAUAACAUUAACCGCGUCAAGUGCUUCUCUAUUUUGUUUAAAUUACAAAAUAUUGUUUUUAAUUUCGAUACAUAAUAUUAAAAUUUAAAGUAAUAUCAAAGAUGGAUAAUUGAUAUUUGUCGCAAGCACGGCAUGAAAGUGCGAUGUCGUGUUCUCUGAUUGUACAAGAUUUAAGAGGAUUUAUCCGUGUGGAUAGAACAUGAGUUAUGUCCCUUUUAACUUUUUGAGAUACGGACAUCGUAGGACUAUAACCAGGGGUCACUUACAGGACUGUCCUACUAGAGACAAGAAAUAGGACUGUCCUUAUAUGGACAACAAAUAGGACUGUCGUACUAGAGACAAGAAAAAGGACUAUCCUCUCAAGAUAACAAACAGGAUUUUUACUUGGGGCCACAAGCCAUGCCGAACUGCCUUACCAGUGACAAAAAAGGACUGUUCUGCCGACAAAUAUAAUUAAAAAAUCAAAUAUCUAUACUUGUAGUUAUUCAAUAUUAUAAGAAUUGUAUUUAUUAUUGCGCAUAUUCAGUCAAAAUACAAUACUUUUUGCAAUGAAUAGUCUAUUAGCUGUCACAAUCUGUGUAUGAAAAUACAUUGUAUGUAACAAGUC